AUGGUGAAGAAGCCUGUUGCCUCUCAGACGGUUGCCGACAAUGUCGAGAUCGCGAGAGCUGAGGCUCCGCGAUUCGAGAAAGUCUACUGGACUAAGGAGCCCCAUCUCCGCAACCUCUAUUUCUCGACCAUCUUCCUUAUGGUUGCUUCGGCCACCACCGGUUACGAUGGUAUGCUCGUCAACACAUCCCAGCAGAUGAAGCGAUGGAAGGACUACUUCGGCGAUGGCGUUUCCGACAACAACAAGCUCGGAAUUCUCAUCAACAUGUUCAACAUCGGUUCGAUUUGCUCCUUCUUCAUCACUCCCUACGUGGCCGACAAAUACGGACGUAAGGUCGCCAUUAUCAGCGGCUGCAUCUUCAUGAUCAUUGGCGGUUGCAUUACUGCUUUCUGCAACGGCUGGGGAAUGUACGUUGGCGGCAGAUACAUCCUCGGUUUCGGCAACUCUUUGGCUCAGAUGUCCUCUCCUCUGCUGCUUACCGAGAUCUGCCAUCCUCAACACCGUGGCCCCGUCACUGCCAUCUACAACUGCUUGUGGAACUUGGGUGCUUUGAUCGUUGCCAGCAUUGGCUGGGGAACCUCGUACAUCAACAACGACUGGUGCUGGCGCUCCAUCACCUUCAUCCAGAUUGUCCCCUCCGUCAUCCAGCUUGUCGGUAUUUGGUGGGUGCCUGAGUCUCCUCGUUACCUUGUUAACAAGGACCGCUCCGAGGAGGCCCUGGCUGUCCUGGCCAAGCACCAUGCUGGCGGUGACUACAACAACGCCACUGUUCAGUUCGAGUACCGCGAGAUCAAGGAGACCAUCUUGAUGGAGAGGAACGCCGACAAGACCACUAGCUACAUCGACUUCCUCAAGACCAAGGGUAACCGAUGGCGCCUGGCUAUCAUCAUCUCUCUUGGUAUCAUCUCUCAGUACUCUGGUAACGCCCUCUUCUCCAACUACAUGGACGCCAUCUACGACGGUGCUGGCAUUAAGGAACAGAACCAGAAGCUUGCCAUCUCUACCGGCAAGUCGAUUCUCGAUCUUUCAUGCUCCAUCGGUGCCGCCUUGACCGUCGACUACUUUGGUCGUCGCCCUCUGUUCCUGACGGCCAUCAGCGGUAUGGUCGCCUCCUUCGUCUGCUGGACCAUCACUGGUGCCGUUUACGAGAACUCUGGAUCCACGAACCAGGGUUCUGGUUACGCUCAGCUGGUAUUCAUCUGGGUCUUUGGUAUCUUCUACGACAUUGGUUUCUCCGGUCUGCUGGUCGCCUAUGCCCUUGAGGUUCUGCCCUUCCAUCUUCGUGCCAAGGGUAUGAUGAUCAUGAACAUCACCGUCCAGGCCAUUCUGGCCAUUGGCAACCAAACCAACAAGGUCGCCUGGGACAACCUUCCCAACCACUGGAACUUCAUGUUGUUCUACACCCUCUGGGACUUCUGCGAGCUUGUCUUCGUCUACUUCUUCUACGUCGAGACCAAGGGCCCCACCCUCGAGGAGAUUUCCAAGAUCUUUGACGGAGAUUCCGCUGUCGCGCACAUUGACAUGCACCAAGUCGAGAAGGAGAUCCACGCUAACGACCCCGAGGAGGACAUCAACACCCGCGCCGCACAUAGCGAGAAGACGGCUGUCUAA